GGCAAUUAACAUAUUUGCAUAACUGUCCAACUUAAUUUAGAUAACUAAAUGCACGAUCAUCUUUCAUUUAUAAUUUGUUCGUGUUCAAUAACACGAGUAACUAUAGUUUUAUUUUCGUAGUGAAUUUUUACAAUGAAAAUACCACCACUUAUUCUUCUACUCGUUGUGACUCUCACUGUCGUGAAUGGCAGUAAAAUUUUAGGAAUAUUCACCAGUCCCGGUUACAGCCAGUACAUUUUAGGCGAAAGAUUGCUCGAAUUACUAGCGAAAAGGGGCCAUCAUGUCACCAUGAUUAGCGAAUUCGAGCCGAAAGAACCAAUACAAAAUUACGUUACUCUAAAAUUGGACAAAUCAGGCAGUUUCCACGAUACUUUCGAUUUGACGGAAUGGCAAACGAAGAACAAUUACCAAUCGACGAUAGAAUUUUUGGAAUUGUGCAAAUAUUACACGGAGAUCCCACUGAAGCAAUCCCAAAUACAGGAAUUCAUUCGUUCAAAUGAAACCUUCGACUUGGUGAUCGUGGAGAAUUUCUGCAACGAAGCCCAUGUGGGCUUUGCGGGGCACUUCGGAGCCCCAGUGGUUAUUUUCAGUUCACAACCCAUGCACGAAUGGAGCUCUCAUUUCGUGGGAAACGUUAAUUUACCAUCCAUCAGUACGAAUUCUCUAUCGUCAUUAACCAAUCGCAUGGGUUUCUACGAGAGGCUGCAGAGCUUCUGCCUGAACCUCUUCUAUAGCAUCUACAAGGAAUUGUACUUUUACCCAGAACAGCAGGAGCUCAUGGAUAAAUAUUUUCCGAACAAAAUGGACUUGAAAAACUUGACGCAAAACGUGGAGAUGUUGCUGGUGUUCGGCCAUCCUCUCACUACAGAACCAUCGCUGUUAACAAGCGCUGUGGUGGAAGUAGGAGGCUUCCAUAUCAAGCCGAGAAAACUUCCUGCUGAAAUUCAAACGUUUUUAAACGGGGCUAAGCAAGGUGCAAUACUAGUUAGUCUAGGAUCGAAUGUACCAUGUCAACUCCUAACCAAAGAACAACUAAACGCAUUCCUAAAUGCUUUUAGAAAACUGUCCCAUAGCAUUUUAUGGAAAUGCGAUAUGGACGUUCCCAAUAAGCCAAGUAACGUGCUAUUUUCGAAAUGGUUACCACAAACAGAUGUUCUUGCUCAUCCCAAUGUAAUUGCUUUCGUUACUCACAAUGGACUUUUAAGCACUACUGAAGCUAUGUAUUAUGGGGUUCCGAUGAUUUCUAUUCCCGUUUUCGGAGAUCAAAUGAAGAACGCAGCUAGAGCAGUCAAGCUAGGCGUUGCUCAAAAAUUAAAUAUAAUAGACCUGAAAGAAGAGGAUUUGCUGGAAACGAUGAAAAAUGUUGCGCAAAAUCCACAAUUCAGGAAUAAAAUGAAAAUAUUAUCACAAAUGUUUAGAGAUCAACCAUCUAGCCCGGCAGAUAGAGCUCUUAACAGCAUAGAAUACGUACUAAAGUAUCGACCGGGGAAGUAUUUGAGAAGUCCUGCCCUGGAUUUGUUCUGGUACGAAUUGUAUUCAGUGGAUGUUGUAUUAUUUAUCUUAGGAUUAUUUGUUACAAUUAAUUUGUUAUUGCUGUUUGUUAUUAGAAAACUUUUGUAUGCCAAAAGAAUAAGUAAGAGGAAAACAGCAUAAGUUUUUUUGGUGUUAUGUAUUUACAACAAUUUUUAGUAUAUUUUUUAAAUAAAUAAAUAUGGAAGUAAGUAGUAUUG